GCAUCUACAAGGGCUGCUUCCUCACAGGAGGAGAUCUGCUGUGGACACGGAGCAGCACAAAGAGCAACACGAGCCUUUCAACACUGCAAAUGACACAAAGCAAGGUUUUCCACAGGGAAAGGGAAAACAGACUUUCUAAGGAUUCCAGGGCCGUAUGCAAAUUUUUUUACAGAAAAUUAAGUCAGCAGAUAUAUAAGGAGGGAUCUUGGCUCCUGCAGCAAUCCCCCCUGCAGGGCUGAGCUCUUUUGGCUGGCUCACCACUUCCUUAGCAGAGGGGCUGCUGGCAGGAGCAACAUCUGAACAGGUCAUGAAGCCUCAAGAGGCAGAGCUCGUCACUGAAAUCUCAAAGUUACAAUGCAUGGUCACAGAACUAAAAACGGGCUUUACCAGUGCCCUGCUGGAGCUCAGUCAGAUCCAGCACGGAGACUCGCACCUGCGGGAGGAACUGGAGGAGAACAGAAGGAGCUGCCAGAAGAAAGCUUUCCGAAUGGAGGCUCUGGUCGAGUCGCUGAGGGAAGAACUUGGAGUGCUGAGGUGUCAAAUUGUGCAGCUCUACAACAACAAACGUGGGCCUGAGCAGGAAGGGAAGAGCUCCAAACUGUCCAAACAAAGAGAAAGCGAUCCAGCAGAGCCAGUCGGUGACCAGAGUGUUUGCAAGUGUUCGGCUCCUCCAUCAGCCUGCCUGUCCAGAGGGAAACUGCUCCUUCACUGCUUUCUUCACGGUCUAAAAGCUGGACUAAGUGAAGAAACAGAUGCCCGACAUCAGGUGGCAAUGCAGCUCCUGCACUCUGAGUGGGAAUAUGUCUCCAGCCUAAACCAGCUGUAUGACAAGUACAAAACGCCACCAGCUCACCAGAUGACUGUGGAGCCACAUCAGACGUAUGUGAAGUUUGUGGAGCAGCUCCUGCAGCGACAUGUGCUCUUCAGGAACACCCUGCAGGAGAGGUUAUCUGCUGAACACUGGAAAUCUUUGGUUGGAGACAUCCUGGUGCAGCUUAUUGGCCAAAAUGACACAGCUUUUCUAGAUAUGUACCUCGGAUACACGACAACCCUGGCAUCAUUCCUCUCACUUGAGUUCAGCAGGCUGAAUCAGCAAGGGAAAAGUCACCGAAUGCUGAUGGGCCAGAUGGAGAGAGAGGAAAUAAAACUGCUCUCUUUGCUGUUGGCUCCUGUUGCUCGCAUCCACAGCUACCUGAGUCACAUCCAGAACCUGUUGCAGUGGACUGGUAAGGAGCAUCCUGACUGCAGCCUCUUGUUGGGGUCUGAGCGAGCUCUGAGGAGCAUUUUGUCCCGUUGUCAUGCAAUCUUGGAGGAGGAUGUUCGAUGGGAGGAAGACGAAGGAGCUGGGCAAAGCACCCCUUGUGAUGCUGCAGUCGCUGCAUGCUCUGGAAACUGCUGCACAAGGAGACAGCAGAUAAGAGAGGAGUCAAGCUCUGCUGCUCAGAGAGAUGUUCCCCUCACCAACGGGGUGGAUGGCUGUCACUCGAUGCGCCUAGAGUGCUGGUCAUGCAGCCCGGUGAGGAGGAAGAGCUUCAGAAGAGACCAGGCCACCCUGAGUCAGCCAGCCCACAACUGCGGUCCUGCGUGCUGCUCCCUACUCACUCCAGAUGCCACAGGAUGGGGAGAAAACAGCGACUCGGGUCAGGGCACCUUCAGUCACCCCACGAUGAAAUCCACCAACGAUGUGGAGACACCUCAUGCAAACCCCAGCCUCGAAGGCUGCGAGACGGACCCCGAUGACACCUCCGCCUUUGAUUACUCCUCCGUCACUUCCUGCAGCCCGGACGGCACCCUGUGCAGAGACAUGAUGAUGGACACCAACAGUGGGGAAGAUGAUGAUGAUGAAGAAGACAGCCAGGUGCCGGUGCUGCUGAAGCCCUCGUACAGCCGACAGCAGCAAGAGCAGCACUCCACAGUGGAAACCAGAGGGAGAACUGUGUGUGUGAGGUGGCAGAUUCCCAGAUUCACCCCUCGACCUCCUCUUAGGAGCCCUGCAGGCCCAUAUGUGGAUGGACCAACGCCAUGUCUCAUCAGCUCCUUUGGAAAGAGAUUGGUUAGCGUGAGAAAAGGGUCGCCUCCUCCACAUCUGAAAAGUGCCUUCAGGCCCAUCUGGGAUGAUCCAUCUAAGCAGCAGAUCGAUUCAACUCCAGAAAGAGACAACAGACCUGGUUUCAUACCAGUUCCAGCUCCAGUGAGGCACAACGUCCAAGCUUUCAAUCCCAGCAGGAAAAACCUGAGACCUGUGCUUGCUCAGCAGCAGGAAAACCAUGCACCAGCUGCAGGCGGGGGACUAUGGGACAGUGAGGACAGUGAGGGGCCUUGUAGCACAGUUUGACUUCUUGCAGUCGUCUCCAGAAGAGUCACACAAAACCGGAGCAUAAGUUGGAUAAAUCACCCUAAAGAGCCACUUCAACUCCUAGUUGCAUGUUCAAGGUCCAUUUAAAACUAUUAGUCCAUUUUGUUUCAUUGUUUGUAAGGAAGCUAAAGCUAUAGCAGCCAGUUUGUAAUUCCAAUCAUAAUUGUAACUGGAAUUGACAUGUAUCUCUAAAAUAAGACGGAAUAAUAACAUGACUGCAAAAAUAAAACACAUUUUUUGUUAAACUUAAACGCAAUUAAACUUUUAUCCACGAAGGGGCUGAACUGAAGGGAAUGCAGGCUGCAGUUUUACUGAGGUAAAUACAUGACAGUAAGUUGCAUAACAGACAUAAAGAUUUAAAUGAAAUGACCUUUCCCAGUAGCAGUAUGCUUGGUCUGAAGAAAAACACUUUUUUAUUUGAUAAUUAAUAAAGAUUUGGCUAAUUUUGAA